GUCAUGAAGCUAGUUAAUGAUUAGUGAAACCCACGUGGGUGUUUCCUGAGAGGCUGGGUUAUGUGAUCUCUUUGGCUUUAGGGAAUUACUCCAUACCAGCUCUGAGAUCUCCAGCUCAGCGAUGCCCCCAGGUCCCUGGAAGAGCUGCUUUUGGGUUGGGGGCCUCCUUUUGUGGCUCAGCAUUGGAAGUUCAGGGGAUGCACCUCCUACCCCACAGACAAAGUGUGCUGACUUCCAGAAUGCCAACCUUUUUGAAGGCACCGUCCUCAAAGUCCAGUUUCUCCUGUUUGUCCCUUCGAAUCCUAGCUGUGGGAAGCUAGUGGAAGGAAGCAGUGACCUCCAAAACUCUGGGUUCAAUGCCACUCUGGGAACCAAACUAAUUAUCCAUGGAUUCAGGGUCUUAGGAACAAAGCCUUCCUGGAUUGAUAAAUUCAUUAGAACCCUUCUGCGUGCAGCGAAUGCUAAUGUGAUUGCCGUGGACUGGAUUUAUGGAUCUACAGGGAUCUACUUCUCAGCUGUGAAAAAUGUGUUUAACUUGAGCCUCGAGAUCUCCCUUUUCCUUGAUAAACUCCUGGUGCUGGGUGUGUCGAAAUCCUCAAUCCACAUCAUUGGUGUUAGCCUGGGGGCCCACGUUGGUGGCAAAGUGGGACAGCUCUUCAGAGGCCAGCUGGGACAGAUCACAGGUCUGGACCCCGCUGGACCUGAGUACACCAGGGCCAGUGUGGAGGAGCGCUUGGAUGCCGGAGACGCCCUCUUCGUGGAAGCCAUCCACACAGACACUGACAAGUUGGGUAUUCAGAUUCCUGUUGGACACGUGGACUACUUCGUCAAUGGAGGCCAAGACCAACCUGGCUGUCCUACCUUCCUUCACGCAGGUUAUCACUAUCUACUCUGUGAUCACAUGAGGGCUGUGGACCUCUACAUCAGCGUCCUGGAGAAUUCCUGUCCACUGAUGGCCUUUCCCUGUGCCAGCUACAAGGCCUUCCUUGCCGGGCACUGUCUGGAUUGCUUUAACCCUUUUCUGCUUUCCUGCCCAAGGAUAGGACUGGUGAUACAAGGUGGUGUCAAGAUAGAGCCGCUUCCCAAGGAAGUGAAAGUCUACCUCCUAACCACUUCUAGUGCUCCGUACUGCAGAGCAAGUUUUUUAACCUCUCGGAACUCAAUAUCCUCAUGUGGAAAUGGGAACCAUAACCACCUACUUCAAAGAAUCAACUCGCAUCACAGCCUGGUGGAGUUUCAUAUGAAGGAACUGAGAAACAAGGACACCAACAUCAAGGUUACCCUCCUUAGCAGUAACAUCACCUCCUCGGUUAUGAUCACCAUCCCUAAGCAGCAGUGGCAGGGGAAAGGAAUCAUAGCCCAUGCCACCCCACAGUGCCAGAUAAACCAGGUGAAAUUCAAGUUGCGGUCUUCCAGUCGAGUUUGGAAAAAAGACUCGACUACCAUUGUUGGGAAUUUCUGCACCGCUCUUUUGCCUGUCCAUGACAGUAAAAACACGGUCUGCUUACCUGAACCAGUGAACUUACAAGCAAGUGUGACUGUUUCUCAUAAUCUGAAGAUAGCCUGUGUAUAGUUUAAUGUGGGCAAGACACAUGUCCCUGCAUUUUUUCUCUGAGGGAGCUGUGCUGAGGGACGUGUGCGUGCAGCUUAUUGUAGACCAUUACUACUAAGGAGAAGGACAAAGCUCUUUCUUAUUUUCCCCAUAAUUAGCUAUCCUGGAGGGGAGGAAGAACUCAUUGACAGAACUUGUUUCCAUUGCUGAUCUUCUGUGCAUACCCAUUUGAGUGUUCCUAUGCACACUUAACUGCAGUUGCUUCAUCUCCCUGGGCAUCUGUACUUAGGACUCAAUAGAAACAUUUAUAGAAUAAAGAAUUUUUAAAAAAUAAAACUUCAUGGAGUACCUGAAA